AUGAACUUGCUGAAACCAUUCCACAGCGUUUGCUUCCUCUUUUUGGCGCUCCUAUCGGUACUGAAAUGUCACACAUUAGAAAGCGAAGACCUGACGCACCUGUCGGAUCGAGAAAUAGUGGACACGUUGGUGAAACAAUGGGCUCCUCUCGUCUGGCUGGCGCCAAAUGAAAAGUACAUGCCCGGCGAUGUGUCCAAGUUUCUCGAGCAUGUGCACGCAGAAGAAGCCAAAGUAGUGACCGUGUACCCCGGCAGCGAGAUUACCGAGCUCGAGGAGCUGAGUGGCUACGACAAUGGGUUGACGAACGAGCUUUCGUACUACGACCCGAUGGCGCAGGAGCGACAAGGACGCUUUCGCAACAAGCGCAAUUUCAAGGACCCGUCGACGUCCCUGGACCUGCUGUUUGAUCUGCCCAUCGGCAACGAAUCGAAGAGCUGGUACCUGGUGACCAAUGGGAACGUUGAGGAGUUGAUCGCCGACAAGGAGUCGUUCAUUCACGGACAGAACCCACUGAAAGAUGAUGUGCCAAUUUACGCGGUGAUCAGUAUGUGCAAACAGCCGCUGCCCGGCCCGGCGUUGCACAUGCCAGAUAGUUUGCCAUUCCCACUGCCAACGACGACGAUCGCGUAUCAGUCGACCCCUGUGUUUCAUAGUAUAAAUAAUCAAGAGAAUGAAGUGACAUAUACUGCGAAGGAUCGACCACCGUUCAAGCGUAACCCGUACGCACCGACGCCCAAGAACAUUUUCGAGCUUCAGCCCAACCUCCGGCAGGGGAUUAACAAGGUGGAGAAAAGCAUUCGCUUGGUUCGCAAACGCAGAGAGCUUCAGGACGAGAGUGCCUACGAGGCAGGCCAACUUAACGACAUCCAGGUCCAGGCCGAUCCUAAUGAAGCGGACGAAACGGGGCGAAGAGUCGUGUCUGAUUCCAUUGGCGCCGCGGUAGACAACGGCUUGAAAUAUGCGGCCGAGGAGUCGACCGAAAGCGCCGCACCGAGUGAGGAAAACGAGGAGUGGGAAACAAUAACCGAGCGUCGGCAUGACCAGGGACGCUACCCGGAGGACAGUGCGUCCGAAUACCCCCAUUUCCAUGUCACGUACUGGAUGUUCUAUCCCUACAGUCAGGGCAAAGUGAUAUGCACCAUCGAUUUGGGACCUUUCGGGCCGUGGCCUAUACCGCUGAUCUUUGGCAUGUGCCUGGGCACGAAGAAGGAGUUUGGCAGCCAUGUUGGAGACUGGGAGCACAUGAGCCUCUCGUUCCGUGGCCGGCGCGAACCUGACGAAAUGUAUGUAUCGGCACACGACGCAGGAGCAUUCUACUCGUACGAACGGCUUACGGGGACGUUCGAGUACCACAGUCAGGAAACGAGGAAAGGAAUACUGCAGCAGCCAACCUUCCCGAAAACGGUCGUCACGUCCGGCAACCAUCCGGUGCUGUUCGCCGCCGAAGGAUCGCACGGUCUGUGGACGGCACCGGGGAAGCACAAGUUUGUCCGGGUUCCGCGCCUGUACGACAUCAACGGGUUCGGGCUGCCUUGGUCCACCUGGAGAAACGUUGAGCUAAUCCACGAGAAUGAUGCCAAAGGACGCAGUUCGCUUCGCCCAAAGUGGAUGAAGUUCAACGGACGAUGGGGUAACCCGAAGACCAAAUGCCAUCCACUGAAACGGAUCGGGUUGCACAUAUGCGAGCUGACGGACGGCCCUACGGGAAUUCCGCGCAAAAAGCAUCACUUUAAAUGCAAGGCCCGAUAA